GCGGGGGGGAGGCGGCAGAGAGAAGAGCAUGGCGGAGCAAGAGCCCGAGCCUCUGCGCCUGAAGCGGCUGCACGGCGGCUUCUUCGCGGUGCCGGCUGCACACCGGCUGGGAAGAUGCCGGAGCGUCAAGGAGUUUGAGAAGCUCAACCGGAUCGGAGAAGGCACCUAUGGCAUCGUGUAUCGUGCCCGAGAUACGCAGACAGGUGAGAUUGUGGCUCUGAAGAAAGUACGGAUGGACAAAGAAAAAGACGGAAUCCCCAUCAGCAGCCUGCGAGAAAUCACCCUGCUGCUGAAGCUCCAGCACCCUAACAUCGUGGAGCUGAAGGAGGUGGUGGUGGGCAACCACCUGGAGAGCAUUUUCCUGGUGAUGGGCUACUGCGAGCAGGACCUGGCCAGCCUCCUGGAGAACAUGCAGGCUCCCUUCUCCGAAGCCCAGGUGAAGUGCAUCGUUCUCCAGGUUCUCCAUGGUCUUCAAUACCUGCACAACAACUUCAUCAUCCAUAGGGACCUCAAGGUGUCCAACUUGCUCAUGACUGACAAAGGUUGCGUGAAGACAGCGGACUUUGGGCUGGCUCGUGCCUACAGGGUCCCCCUGAAUCCCAUGACUCCAAAAGUGGUGACGCUGUGGUACCGGGCCCCCGAGCUCCUCCUAGGCACAACCACGCAGACCACGGCCAUCGACAUGUGGGCGGUGGGCUGCAUCUUGGCGGAAUUGCUGGCCCAUAAGCCUCUGCUGCCUGGGAGCUCUGAGAUACAACAGGUUGACCUGAUUGUGCAGCUGCUGGGCACUCCAAACGAGACCAUCUGGCCCGGUUUCUCCAAGCUGCCCCUGGUGAGCCAAUACACCCUCCGCAAGCAGCCCUACAACAACCUGAAGCACAAGUUCGCCUGGCUGUCCGAGGCCGGCCUUCGCCUCCUGAACUUGCUCUUCAUGUACGAUCCGAAUAAAAGAGCAACGGCCGGAGACUGCUUGGAGAGCUCUUACUUCAAGGAAAAGCCAUGGCCCUGCGAACCGGAGCUGAUGCCAACUUUCCCCCAUCAUCGCAACAAGAGGGCCGCCCCGAGCACGGGAGGAGAGUGCCUGGGCAAACGUAGCCGGCCCUGAGGUGGCAGCUUCUCAGGGCACCCCAAAGCUUUCUGCCAAGUGCUUCUCCUGAGGCGGCGCAGGGGCUGGGGGGAAACGGCUGCAUGUCCAGGACCCUCUUGCUCCCCAGGGAGACUCACGUGGGGAGCAAAGCACCACCCGCCUCCGCCUCCUCUCUGCACUGGAGAGGAUCCUCGGUCCUUGCCUGGACCUCCCAGAACCAGCCCGCCCGGAUUCUGCUGCCAGCCUGGGCUUUUCCGCUCUCCUCAGCUCUGUCCAAAGCAAGCAGGUGCUCCGGAUGCUGGAAGAACAAGCAGAGCUUUCCUGCUGGAGCAGCCAAGAAAGGAGCAAACUUCAGGGCCUGCAACACUUUCAAAACAGCCGCAACUUAAAGGCAGGUGGGAAGCACCCGCCGCCCCCCCCCCCCCCCCCCCCGCCC